UAUCUAAAAGAAAAAAAUAUUUGUAAUAUUAAUUACUCUUUCUGUAUCUUCAUAGGUAAGGAAGUAAUCCGAAGAUGGACCAACCUCCGAGAUUGUUAUGCAAAAUCGAAGAGAGACGCCAAAACCGUAAAAAAAAGUGGAUCAGAUGCAAAAAUCCGCAAAAAUUGACAGCAUGAUGUCUGAAAUUGAAGAAGGGUCGGAGAAUACGCUUGUAGAUGAUGACGAGCCUUCACGUACCGCUGAAGAUGCCCUUCUUCCCAGUACUUCUACUAUAAACGUGCCUUCAAAUCAGAUGAGGACCAGAAAACAUAGGAAAGUAGAUGAAGUUGAAUUAAAACUCCUCAAAGCUUUGGAACCAGUAACACCUUGCAGUAAAAUGUCUUUUCUGCAAAGUUUAAUGCCACACUUGAAGCAUUAUACAGAUGGAGAAUUUCUUCAUUUUCAAAUGGGAGUGCUAAACGUUAUAGAAAAUAUAAAUAAAAGCAAGGAAGCGACACCUCAACCCCAAACGAACUACUCAUUUCACGUGCCCUCUUAUUACUCAGCCUUUCCGCAUCUAUCUCAACCUCCUCCGGAACAUCAAUCAUUUGUACCUGCUAAACAACCUUCAUAUCCCCCUCAACAAUAUCCACCUCAUAUUUCAAAUGUUUCUGAGCAUCGUCACACUUCACCUCCUCAUCAUUCAAAUCGACUUAAAAAUUCAGCAACGCCAGUGUACAAUGCAAUACCACGCACUAAUCGUACACAAUCAACAACAGAAUCACAGACAACAUUGCAACCCCUUUCGAGUUUUUGCUACAGUGACUGUUCAACUGAAUAUCUGGCGAGUCCAACUACACCUUCAGGCGAAUCCACCUGUUCAGAUCAAAUCGAUUUUGUUUAAUUAUCUCCUUUAUGUAUAACAAGUUAGGUCUAUAUUUUUAAUUUUGUCAAAAAUCGUAAAUUUAAAUAAAAAUUGAUAUUAAAUCAA